AGGAGAUUAGAAGGAGGAUACUCAGUGGAAACUGCCUAGAAGCCGGCGUUUAGCCUCCGAAUAGUUGGGAGAGCGCGAGGAAGGAGACAGGAAGAAAGCUAGAGGAAGGUGAGAAGGAGAAGGAUGAAGGAGAGGACGGGAAGGAGUGGAAGGAGAAGAGAGAUGGGAAAGAAAAAGUUGUGGAAGGACAGUGGAAUCACCACGCGACUGAAAGACCGUCAGUGUUAAGAGUGGCUCAGAACGUGUUCGUUGGCCUCAGUUUUUAGUCAGUCAAGUUCCUAGACUCGCGCCGGUAACCAGGUCACCUUAAUAGUGUACUUUACAACUGUCUCCACUAAGUUUCGGACUUAGCCUAGAUGUUGGUGCUUCACUUGUCGUAAGUUUCGGACUUCACCUUGGUGCUUCACUUGACAUAAGUUUCGGACUUAGCCUGGAUGUAGGUGCUUCAUUUGUCGUAAAUUUCGGACUUGGAAAUUGGUGUUUCAUUCGAGAUUGGUGUGAAAAUUAACCAGGACUUGGUACUUCACUUGAUAACGCGCAACAAAUUCCCAGGACUUUGUGCUUCAUUUAGAGCUUAGUACAUCACAAGGUCCUGAAGACUUAAUCUACAAAUUUGUGCUUCGUUUACAACACUUCAACUAACGGACUUGAUAUUCUACUACAAAUUUCUCAGGACUUGGUGCUUCACUAAGAGCUUAAUACACACAAUGUUCUCAAUAUUCAGCGUAAAAAUUUGUGCUUCAUUCACAACUUGAACAAGCGGAUUUGAUAAUCUACAACACAUUUAUCAGAAAAUCACUUGAAGCUUAGUACUUCACGAGAUUCUCAAGACUUAAUCUACAAAUUUGUACUCCAUUUACAACACUUUAACUAGCGGACUUGAUAAUCUACAACAAAUUCCUCAAGAUUUGGUGCUUCACUUGGAGCUUAGUACAUCAAGAAGACUUACCCUAGAAAUCGGUGCUUUAUUUACAGCUUCGUCCACCACGGAACAACCAGGACUUAGCUGAGAAAUCGGUGCUUAACCACGACUUUCAUAACCAAAUUUAUUACUUCCAUUCAAAAGUAGUGCACUUACUAUCACAGUCUUGAACAGGAAAUCUCGGUGAUUCAUUUACGAGGUUUACAAAGUGAGAGGUGAAGCGAAUUGAAGUAAGUCGGAGUGAGUGACUAUAGUGAUCUUUGACUAUAGUGAUUCAGAACUUGACAGUUACAGUCUCAAACCUUGUAGACAUCUUAAAGGUUGAGAAGAAUAUUGCAAUUUUAUCUAACAUCCCUACAAAAACUGAGUGCUUCGACAAGAUUUCUGGAUACUCGUGAACGAUACUCGAAGAUGUGUAGAUCGCUCUCGUUGAUCUGAGGAUCAGAUUUGAAGGUUUUUACUGUAUUCAACAUCAGAACUUGGGACGCCAAUCUUGUUUUAGAUAUUAGUGUUUAUAGAACAACAAUUCUAUAAUAAAUUCAAUCUAUAUAAUUGGAUUGGAGGACGUCAAUUAUUAUUUUUUGGAUAUUGGUGUAUAUAGAAGGAUACUUGAUCUUAUUAAGAAUUGAACAAUUCUUCAGGAACUCCAUUUUUGUUAUUUCUAAUACUGUGAGAGCCUCCAAGAAGCUCAUUCAUGGUGGAAUCUGGAACAGUAUCGGUUGGUGACUGAUAAGAGCUUGUCGAGAAGGAGCUAUAACUACAAGGAACUAUAUAGUUAUAAUCAUGACUUGAUUGACAAUUCUUGAAACCUACUCACCAAUUUUACAACCCUGAAUCAUUGAUAGUAACUGACGUGAAUUCUACACUAAAAACCACGUUUUGAAUAAUUGGAAAAUAGACUAAACAAAAAUUAUUUUGAAGACAAUUAUUUAGACUUUUCUAAUUAUUUGAGAUAAAUUCUUAUGGAUCCGAGGAUAAUUAAAGCCCCCAUUCCUCACACCAUGCUAAACAAGGAAAACUGUGGAUUACUCAUCAACAUAAUCGAAAAUUUCCAAAUAAAAUUGUAUGAGUGACAUCCGAACCAUUCUGGUUGACAAUAUGUGUACAGAUAAGUGUUACAGUGUGGGAGUGCAAUAAUUAUAAACAAUUUUGAAGCUGACAAGGAUUGAUACCACGAUGAUACUGCGUUAUUUAGGCCUAUUCUGCUGCUUGUGUUUUUCUACAAAACAAGAGUUGGAGAGGCACUUUUCGUACCGGAAGAGGUACCAUCUCUAGUCUCGUUCAUUUAUAAUAACAUACCACCUAUAGCCAAAGGUCACGACUCCAGGAUAGGCUUGGGCUUCCGGGUAGGACCCAACGCCGAUUUCCAAAUGGUCUUCGAGCUGGGACCACAAAAGGAGACCCAACCGCUAGUCAAGGUCACCGGAUUCACGGACGACUCGGAGGAGACUCGCAAGCGACACAUCCCCAAAUCCCUGCAGUACUACGCUCCGGCUCCACACGCUGCUCAAGUCUCGGACGACGAGCCGAUGCAAGUACAACACUCGGGCACACCGAAGGGGUGGCUGUCCGCUUGGAAGAACGCCUUCAGCGGGGGCGGGAAGAGUGUUUUCAGUGGGGGCGGGAACUUCUUCAACGGGGGCGGGAAGAGUGUGUUGAGUGGAGGGAAAAGUUCCUUCAACGGGGGCGGAACCGCCUUCGGGAAGAAUGGAGGCGGAAAGAGUCUCAACUCCCUCAGGAGAUCUGAGAAGAAAUGGGAGUUGGAAACCAACGAACUAAGGUACCCAGGUUAUCUACCUGGUGGUUAUUUCUCUAAGAGCUACCAUAGACAUCAACCUCUAGCAGAAUCCUUGCAGAGGUUCAAUGGAUACCCGGGUAAAAUGAACCAUGCCACUGUCAACCAUUUGCGGCAGCUCUAUAAGGAACAACCCAUGAAGUAGUAUUGUGGUCACAGAUGAUGAAGGGAAAUUUUUUGAAAUAAUUACAGAGGAAAAAGGGAAAUUAUGUGAGGCUAGUGGUGGUCACAGAGGGAAAAGGGAAAUUGUGUAAGACUAGUGGUAGUCUUACAGAGACGAUAGAAAACUGGGGAUAGAAAGAGCAUGAUUAGUUUGAGGGAGGUCAGUCAUAUGUUAUAAUGGUUGCCUAAACAGAGGGAAAAGGGAAAUUGUAUGAGACUAGUAAUGGUCACAGAGGAAAAAGGGAAAUUAUAUGAGGCUAGUGGUGGUCACAGAGGGGAAAAUGGAAAUUGUGUGAGGCUAGUGGUGGUCACAGAGGAAAAGGGAAAUUUUAUGAGACUAGUGGUGGUCACAGAGGGAAAAGGGAAAUUGUAUGAGACUAGUGGUGGUCACAGAGGGAAAAGGGAAAUUGUAUGAGACUGACUUGUGGUGGUCACAGAGGAAGAAGGGAAAUUGUAUGAGACUGACUAGUGGUGGUCACAGAGGAAGAAGGGAAAUUAUUUGAGGCUAGUGGUGGUCACAGACGAAAAGGGAAAUUUUGUGGAACUAGUGGUGAUUACAGACAAAAAAGGGAAACUUCAUGAAGGGAAAGGAAGACAAAAAUGGAAGAGGUGAGGUGAAACUCCAAAAAAGAGGAAAGGUGAACAAAUACAUAAGUAUUUAAGAUCAACUUUCAAAAAGGGAAAUGGGUGAAAAGAAGCUUUAAAAAGUGAAAAGGGAGAGAUAAAAAGGGAAGUACAGUAGCUGUAAGCGAUAGACUUCAUUCUAAGAAAGUUAAAAGGGGUAUCUUUGGAAGCAGAAGUGAGGAUGUAAGGAUAGGUACUUUUUAAGGUAUUUUUGUAAGGAGAUAUUCUUUUGAGAAAGGGACAUUUGUAAGGGAAGAUAUCCUUCAAGAAUGUGUGAUGGGGAAACUUAUGUUGAGACAUUUUUGUGAGUAGAUAUCCUUUUCAAGAGAGUGUGAGGAGGUAUUUUUGUUAUGAGGAGGUAUUUUUGAGAGAGAGUGUGAAGAUGAAUCAUUGUGAGGUUCUCAAUAAUUGAACCAGCAGAGAUUCAUGCUUCUAUUAAAUGUUGCCUUCAAAGUCAGAAUUUGAUCUAGAAUUUAAUGUAGUUUACAUUGAUCUUGUGAGUUACAAGAGAUCAGAGAUCAAACUAUAAUAGACCUUUGUACAAUCGUUCAGA